CUCCGCUACCCUCCCUGACAUCUCCACUUCGCGGCUCCAGACCCGGAAGUCAGACUUGCAGACCCACAGGCAGACCCACAUCCCUUCCCUCCGUCUUCCAAGAGGCACCGACCCGGCUGCCCUCCUCCAGCCUCUGCGACAGCGCUGGGCAGUCACCUGCGCCCUGAGGCUGCAGCACAGCGCAGCGCAGAGCAUCCUCGCCCAGGUCCUUUCUGUCCCUCUUCCGCCCCCUCCAUCGCAUCUGCUGGUCCUCCUUGUCUCUUUCCCAGAAUCGCCACGCUUCCGAACCCAGCGGGCGCCACUUUACCAGCCUCGCCCUCCUCGGUCCCGCGUGGUCCCCCGCACCCGGUCUCCCUGCGGCCAUGAGCUCCCCCAUCAGCAAGAGUCGCUCCCUGGUCGCCUUCCUACAGCAGCUGCGCAGCCUCGGGCAGCCCCCCAGACCCGUGACAUCCACGGCGUGCGCGCCCCCUCGGCCGCGGGAGGUGCCCCUCUGCCCGCUGAUGGAGCGUGGCGAGGCGCAGAACGCGGCCGCCCUUCCGGGCCCCACCAACUGGCCGCUGCUGGGCAGCCUGCUGGAGAUUCUCUGGAAAGGGGGGCUCAAGAAACAGCACGACACUCUGGCGGAGUUCCACAAGAAGUACGGCAAGAUUUUCCGCAUGAAGUUGGGCUCCUUUGACUCGGUGCACCUGGGCUCGCCUUGCCUGCUGGAAGCGCUGUACCGCACGGAGAGCGCGUACCCGCAGCGGCUGGAGAUCAAACCCUGGAAGGCCUAUCGCGACUACCGCCAGGAGGGCUACGGGCUGCUCAUCCUGGAAGGAGAAGACUGGCAGAGGGUCCGGAGUGCCUUUCAGAAGAAACUAAUGAGACCAGUGGAGAUUAUGAAGCUGGACAGCAAAAUCAAUGAGGUCUUGGCUGAUUUUAUGGGUAGACUAGAUGAGCUCUGUGACGAGAGAGGCCACAUUGGAGACUUGUACAGCGAGCUGAACAAAUGGUCAUUUGAAAGCAUCUGCCUUGUGCUCUACGAGAAGAGAUUUGGGCUCCUCCAGAAGAACGCCGGGGAUGAAGCCUUGAACUUCAUCAUGGCCAUCAAAACAAUGAUGAGCACAUUUGGGAGGAUGAUGGUCACCCCGGUGGAGCUGCACAAGAGCCUCAACACCAAGGUGUGGCAGGCCCACACGCUGGCCUGGGACACGAUUUUCAAGUCAGUCAAAUCUUGCAUUGACCACCGGUUAGAGAAGCACGCGGAGCAGCCCAGCGCGGACUUCCUCUGUGACAUUUACCACCGCAAUCAGCUCUCAAAGAAAGAGCUGUACGCCGCCGUCACCGAGCUCCAGCUGGCUGCCGUGGAGACGACAGCAAACAGCUUGCUGUGGCUUCUCUACAAUUUAUCCCGCAACCCCCACGUGCAAGAAAAGCUCCUGGAGGAAAUUCAGAGCGUCCUGCCUGAGAAUCAGGUGCCGCGGGCAGAGGAUGUGAGGAAUAUGCCAUAUCUAAAGGCCUGUCUGAAAGAAUCCAUGAGGCUCACCCCCAGUGUGCCGUUCACAACCAGGACUCUUGACAAGGCCACAGUUCUGGGUGACUACGCUUUACCCAAAGGAACAGUGUUGAUGCUAAAUACCCAGGUGUUGGGGUCCAACGAGGAAAAUUUUGAAGAUGCCAGUCAGUUUAGGCCCGAACGAUGGCUUCAAGAGAAAGAGAAGAUCAACCCCUUCGCACACCUCCCGUUUGGCGUUGGGAAGAGGAUGUGCAUCGGACGCCGGCUGGCUGAGCUCCAGCUCCACCUGGCCGUCUGCUGGAUCGUCCGCAAAUAUGACAUCGUGGCCACGGACCACGAGCCUGUGGAAAUGCUGCACUUAGGCAUCCUGGUGCCCAGCCGGGAGCUCCCCAUCGCCUUCUGCCAGCGAUAAGCAGCCUCAGGAAUGGUGCUGUGGCUCCCGCAAGACUCAGCAGCGGACUUCACAGGCACAUGGGACCCUUAGACGCUGUGUUGAUUUCUUUCUUCUGUUCAGCUGCUCCAGAAGCUGCACUGUCCGUGACAGCAGUGAAGAUAGCUGACUCAGGGGAGCGGAGUGAGUGCUAUAAUACGGGCACUCCACAGGGUACAGUGCUGGCCUACACUUGACCAAUGUCAGCUCCAUCCUGACUUAAAUUGCCCAGGAUCUUGCUUCCUCCUGCAUUUUCCAUGUCAGUUAGUCGGGUACAAGUCAAAUGUGUCUGUCCCUGCCCCACCCAGCUCUCCGCUUGAAUCUUUCCUGCUCCCGAAUAAGUUUACAGAAUCACAAUGAAACACCUGCCAUAGCUCCAUUGUCUGAGGCUCGGGGUAAUAUCGACGGUCCAUUUAUUGUAACUCUGCUUAACGUACUAUUUGGAAAAACAUUUGCUUACUAACAUCAGCAAAGCCAAAUGUUGGCUGAAGUUAUUAGAUCCCCGGGCCACUGCACUUCGAAGUAGGAACAUCACUGGGAAAUGAGAGGACACCUCUAUUUUAAGAAGUGCUUUAAUGAAGUCAGAAUCUCCUCUCUAAGAAGACCUUAAUGGCUUACUGUGGCAUCAUUAGGUUAAAGGAUCCUGAAGUUCUUUAUUUAGUGCAUGUAUCUUUUCUAUGGCAUUAAGGAGCUGGAGCAACAGUUUCAAAUUGUAUGUGUAUGGGUGUAUUUUAAUAGCAAUUUGCUUAUGUCAUUUUUUUAAAUGUAUGGUAUUUCAUUUAUGAUCUGUGGUUUGGGGCAAUAUUAUUGUUUAGCCACAGAUUAAAAACAUUUAGUGACUUCCCUUGCCUUAAUUUCCCCAUCUAUAGAAUGGGACAGUAGCAAAGUAUACAUACAUUAUAGAUUAACUAUAUAGGACAGUGCAAAAGUAGGUUUACAGUUGCUCAAAUAAUUAAUAAAUAAUAAUACAAGAAUAAACUCUUUUGCAUACUUAAAACUGUAAACCUACUUUUGUCCACCCUGUGUAACCCAUCUUCUGUGACUUGAACUCCUUGGGACAGUAUGAUUUCAUAAAUGGAAAAUGCAUAGAGAUUUAUGCAAUACCUAUAAAUUUUUUCUUAAAACUUGUUUACAUAUGGUUUAUUUACACAUGUUUUUACUACCACUUUUCCCAAAGAUGUACUAUAUAUUUCUGUAUAUUUUAUAAAGAUUUUCCUUUUUAGGUUAUAUUUUUAGAAUAUUUCAGAAGUAUACAUUUAUAUCUUUAUACUAGUAUUUGAAUAAAUAUAUACAUAUUGCUGAAGUAAGUAUAAGCGUUCUUCCUGCUGUGAAAUUAUUUUUAGAAUUUUAAAUCCAUAUGUUGUCAGAGUUCAUCUGUGUAUCUUUUUAGAAUUCUCUGAAAGUAAGAAUAAAGGUUUUAAAGUUUGA